AUGUCCAAUUCAAAAGAACAGUUAUCCAUGAUCUUAAAUGACUUUGAAACGCUCACUCAAGCGUUGCUUUUGAGUUAUUUUGCUCCCAAAAAUCAAAGGAUUAAUGAAGAUAUUAAGCUUAGUUGUACUCAAAUUAUUGAUUUGUUCAUAAUUAAACAAAAAGAAUUACAAAGACUCUUGAUUGAAAUUAAAGAGAAGGUAAUAAUUCAAAAAGAGAUAGAAACAUUGAAGAAAGCAGUAAGCUCUAAAGACCAAGUAAUAAUAAGCCUGUGGUCAGAAUUGAAAAAGGCCGAGGAAAUUUUAAGAGAAACCAUGCGUAAAGCUGCAGAAAAACUUCAAGCUAUGAGGGAGGCCAAAACUAAACCCGUUGAUUCAAACGAUUUGAUAAAAUACGCUGCAAAACUAAGCACCUAUGACAAUGCUAUAACAUCACCUUUGGAUUGGCAACCGAGUGAUCCAAGACGUCCUUAUCCAACAGAAACGGAGAUGAAAUCAAGCUUAUUUUACGAAGAUACUAACAAGUCUAAUCCCAAGGACACUAAAAAGUUUACAGGGUACACAGUAUUAACGCCAAGUAGUCGUAUACCCAGUGGGUAUUACCCAUGUUAUCAUUUCAGACCACGUCAUUCUGAUUAA